AUGUCCGACGACCGUUCUAGCCACGUCUACCUCGCUAAGCUCGCCGAGCAGGCUGAGCGAUAUGAGGAGAUGGUCUCGGAGAUGAAGCUCGUCGCCAGCCAAGACAGCGAGCUCACCGUCGAGGAGCGCAACCUCCUCUCCGUCGCCUACAAGAACGUCAUUGGUGCUCGCCGUGCCUCGUGGCGCAUCGUCUCGUCGAUUGAGCAGAAGGAGGAGUCCAAGGACAACGAGUCCCAGGUGACCAUGAUCAAGAAGUACCGCGAGAAGAUCGAGGCUGAGCUGGCCCAGAUCUGCGAGGACAUUCUUGACGUCCUGGACAAGCACCUCAUCCCCUCUGCCGCUUCGGGCGAGAGCAAGGUCUUCUACCACAAGAUGAAGGGAGACUACCACCGCUACCUCGCCGAGUUCGCCACCGGUGACAAGCGCAAGGACUCUGCUGACAAGUCUCUCGAGGCUUACAAGGCCGCCUCGGACGUCGCCGUCACCGAGCUCCCCCCUACGCACCCCAUCCGUCUGGGUCUCGCCCUCAACUUCUCCGUCUUCUACUACGAGAUCCUCAACUCGCCCGACCGCGCCUGCCAUCUCGCCAAGCAGGCCUUCGACGACGCCAUUGCCGAGCUCGACACCCUCUCCGAGGAGAGCUACAAGGACUCAACGCUCAUCAUGCAGCUCCUCCGUGACAACCUCACUCUCUGGACCUCGGACAUGCAAGAGUCCGAGAGCAAGCCCGCAGAGGGUGGUGCCGCCGCCGCUGGCGCGACCGAGGGUGCCGCUGCUGCCCCCGCCGCUGAGACCAAGGGCGAGGAGGCCGCCUAA